UUUCGGACAGUUUGUCUCAGCCCACAGUUUCCUGUUAAAUGACUCUGUCACUGCCAUGGUUUACUCUUCCUCUUCACUUCUCUGCUCAACUCAUUUCAGAGGAAAGAUGCAGUCGCUGGACGUCUGUCUGAUUCUCCUGCUCAACGCCGGACGAGUCGCUGCGCAGCAGGGUGGAGACGUGUGUUACGUUCUGGACGGGAUUCUGAUUGUUUACGGCAUUGUGUUGACCGUCCUUUACUGCAGAUUAAAGAUGCGUUCUUCUGGAGCGAAAGAGAAGCAGGACGGAGAGAUUUAUCAGGAUCUGGGACGGCGGGACGCAGACACCUACGACACCAUCGACACCCACCAUCUUGGGAAGAAGAAGCCGCUGGCCUAAAAGAGACCCCCGAACCGCAGAUCAUUGGGCGUUCAUGCCCUAAAAACUGUAUUCGUGAGCCUGGAGCAUGAAAGCAGUCAUAAGCAGCUUGGGUAUAUCUGUAGUCAUUCACAAAAACACGCUAUAUGGCUCAAAAUGAUCUUUUUUUGCACCCUCAGAUUCAAGAUUUUCAAAUAGUCGUCUCUCAGCUGAAUACAUCAAUGUAAAGAUUAUUUAUUCAGAUUUUAAAUGAUGUAUGAAUCUCAGUUUUGGUUUAAAAUUGGACCCUUAUCACUGGUCUUGUGCUCCAUGGCCACGUUUUUGCGUUGUUUAUAAGAAAGCGAACCGGCUUGGUUGAGUAUGAGAGUCUGCUUUAUUGUUGUUGUCUGCAUGCGUCUUUGAGACGAGCGUCACUUUUAAUGUGUAAAAUACAUGUAUAAGGCGAUUUAUUUCAACAUAAUAAAAUAAUAUUUUUAACUUGGA